AGCGAUAUAUCCGGAACCAAAAACAAGUGUUGUUUGUGUUUACGUUUUACGUCACUCGUGAAACUUUCCAGUGUUUUAUUGGACGUGAUUUUUAACCCUAAAAUACAAGAUGGGAUGUGAUGGAGGCACUAUUCCUCGCCGAGAUGAGCUGGUGAAGACAAAACAGAAACCUGAACAGAAAGACAAAAAUUCAGAGCGACUGUAUCGUUGGAAACACUGUGCAGUGUCACAGGCUCCUCUGAAGGCACCAAUUGUGGCAUGUGAGCUGGGUCGCAUCUACAACAAAGAAGAACUUCUUACUCGGCUCUUAGACAGAGCAAGUGAGAAUGGUAUCUCUCAUAUUAAGGGUUUGAAAGAUAUCAAAGAGCUAAAUCUAACCCCCAACCCUGGUUACAAACAGAGAGGAGCAGAUCUUGGGGAUGCUUACAACGACAACCAGACUGCCGAGUUUAUUUGUCCUGUGACAUCACUAGAAAUGAAUGGGAAAUACAGAUUUUCUGUCGUAUGGAGUUGUGGAUGUGUCCUGUCCGAGAGAGCUCUAAAAGAGGUCAAGUCAGAGGUUUGUCAUAAGUGUGGACAACCAUGUAGUGAGGAUGAUGUUAUUCCUCUCAAUCCAACAGAAGAGGAACAAGAAAGUGUCAGGUCAGCCAUGUUGGUACGUCGUGCAGCAGCAAAGGCUGCCAAGAAAGCAAAGAAAGAGGGCAAGAGGUCAGCUGAAGAAGAAGGCGAAACUUCCAAGACAAACGGUGGAAAAAAUAAGAAAAUUCCUAAACUGUCUGAAGGAGCUUCUUCCAGUAGUGAAGUCAGUAAGUCAACCCUUCGUGUCAAUGGAGCAGCAUCGGCUGUCCUGCGAGACAAAGAAUUUGAGAAGAUUCGUUCUGCAGGCUUCAGUGUUGCAUCUGAUCCAAAAGCCUCUGAAGUUUACAAGAGUCUUUUUGAUACACACAAAACUGCACAGAAAAAACAGAGUGCUCAUUGGGUUACAUGUAACCCACAGUACUUUUAGUAUUGUGUCCAGCAUGGGAUGCAAUAUAUUUCUUCUCUCUUUUGGUUUCCAGUUAGUAUUUGUAGGUUACACAGACAACUUACAUAGUAAUACACACAUAUAUGUUAACUGUAAUUUUUUUGUAACUAAAAUUCUUGUUGAAUUUCCAUCUUGUUUUCUUUGGGUUAUUUUUCUCAUAGAAUUUCUCAAAAAAAUAGCGUUAAGAACUUGCCCAUCUAAGAAAACCCCUUUUCCACUUAAUUUUAAAAGCAGGAUAAGUAUCCACAGUUGAGAUAAGAAUUUUAAGUAUUACAUAGGGGUACUUACACUUUCAUUAUGAAUUGUAAAACUGUUAAACAGUGUACUGAUAUUUUAGAAUCAGUAGUGUUUUUAUGUAUGUUAAAAGUUGAAUGCCCAAUUGUGGCUAUGUGCACCAGUUGUGGAAGAUGUGAAAGGUAGAUAAUGGAUUGUCUUUACUCAUAUUUUUGUUCCAAUGCAUUUUGUAUAUCUAAAUAUGUACAGAAAAAGGAAAAUAUUGUUAUUGGAAGAAGAUAAAACAAAGGAAAAGGAUUAAUUUGACCAAUAUGCAUAGAUUAAUAUUUUAGUUUUGAAGCUGUAGCUGUAUUUCUUUUGUACCGAGAGGUAAAAUUUGGAGAAUUAGUCAUAAAUGUCAUAUAUUUAUCCAAAUAAAUAAAUAGCAAAACAUGCAA